CGUAAAUUGUGUAAAACAUUCUUAUUCCCAAGGCCUAUAGGGUUCCCACAAGAAUGCCAGCUCACAUUGAACUAAACCCCAGUCUUCCUCUUGGGUACCUCCUUCCUUCCCUUUGAUUCCCUUCUCUUUGCAGAAAAGUUUGAAUAUUCUUACUUUCAUCAUUUACUCUCUCUGCACGCACAGAGUUGAGAUCCGAUCCUAACGUUCCAGGUUCUUUUUCUCCUCCUCUAUUCUCUCUGGUAUCUUCAUCCAGGCAACAUGAACAUGAACUCGGACCCAGAGAAGGAGCUACCUACGGUUGAUUUCUUCUCAAGAAACGAUAUUGAAAUUCUGCUGCCAAUGCAUGAUGGUGCGUCUUCUUCGUCGAGCUCGACAAACUCCAGAAAUGAGAUGUGCGGUAACAAGAAAAACAUAGAGAUGCCUAUUUUCUUUCCCCGCAGAUGCAUAAACAUACUACUAGCACGCGCUUCCGGGGAAAACAACAGAGAGAACAAGAACAUUCUUCCCGUUUCUGACUGGGAUUUGAAGAAUUUCCGACCAGCACGUCCAAAGAUAGCUAAUAUUUCUCCUCGAGGUCGAAGUUAUCUUUUGUUGGGGCUUUUGGUGUUCUCUGUUACUCAAGUGGCUGCACUGAACAACAACUCCCCAUUGGGAAACUUAUCAUCACACUCGGUGCUAAACUUUUGGGAAGCAUUUUGGAUGUUGUUUCCCGCGAUGAUAUUUUUCAUCAUAUUCAUCUUCUGUGCGAUAGCAAUUUUGGUCCUCGUUUCGACAAAGGGAUCAGAAGAGCGAUUUGCUUAUUCGACACUUUUGUCAUUUUUGGCAAUCCUUUGUUGCAUUACAAUCUUCAGCCAAUCCUCUGACUCUGUUGUGCAGUGGGCCUCUUUCAGGUUUCCUCUCCCACUGUUUGUUAUAUUUGAGGCUCUUGCACUUUUACUGACCUGUUUGGUGUUGUUGAUGUCCAUUAUUUAUCUUGCCUGCCUAUGCAAACAAAGACAGAAAAUGAAGGAGUGAUCUACUGAUGAUGAUGGUUCCUAUACAUUUUUAUAUAUUUAAUAGUGGAAACUCAGGUGCAGUCGACUUUACGUGAUACUUGAGGGUCGUUAGAUGAUUUGACUAAAUUUUCAUCUAACGACUCUCAAAUAUCAACUUUACGUGAAGUCAAUUUUACUUAAGUUUUCACCAUAUUUAAUAUGUAUUUUUAAAGUCUAAAUGUACAUACUUUGAAUUUAAGCCUGAAGCUUGCUGGCAAAUUUGUUUGGAUUAUUUUAUUUUAAUGUUUAGUAUUUCGGAGGUAGUUUUUA